UUGAAAAAGACAAAAUUUUUACAUCCCAUUGGUUGAAAUCAUUCCUUCUCCUAACCAAAACUAACAAACAAAUCCCACACCACACUGCUAUUAAACUUGCUACUACUAAUACUUGAUUCACAUGGAAUCCCAGAACACCAUUUUCUGAUCGUCUAACGUAGGAUGUCCCAAGCUGACGUUUCUUACAGCUGUGGGUCUUGUGGAUAUCCUUUGAGCUUAACAUCUUCCGAUCGAAUCACCUCCAACAUAGGUUCUGAAUAUCACAAAUCCAUAAAGAAAGGUUUCAUCUCCUUCCUUUCUGUUGAUCUUAGCCGGUUCACGCAGGUUGAUGAGGUAAAUUGUCUUCUUUUCAACUGGGGCCAUUAUUGAUCAAAAACUAAACUCCUUUGCCGUAAAUGUGGAGCUCAUAUAGGCUAUGGUUAUGGAGAUUCUGCUGCCUUCUGCAGUUUUGACUCACCCAGCUCAUCCAGCACUGCUUAUAAAAAGUUUGCCAUAAAGAUUCGAGCUUUACAACCUUCACAAGAGAGCUAACAAAUUUGGCAUGGAAGAUCAUUCAAAUGAUGUUCUUACCUCUGUCAUGCACCUGCCUGAUGAUUGUCUCAUUAUUAUUUUUCAAUGGCUUGGCUCUUGUUCUGAUUGUGAAUCAUUUGGCUUAACUUGCCAUCGCUGGUAUAAUAUUCAAAAUGUAAGCUGCCAUUCCUUACGAUUUCCUUCCUGUUUCGCACGCCUUUACUACCUUCAUAGUGAUUCCUACUGUCUUCAUAGGCUGCUUACCCGUUUUCAACAUUUGCACCACCUGUCGCUUUCUGGUUGUACGAGGCUACCUAAUUCAAGCCUAACCCCAUUGCAAUUUUAUCGUUCAAAGUUGCACUCCCUUCAUCUGGAUUGCUGUUCUGGAAUCACAGAUAGUGGACUUUCCCUGGUUGCCACAGGUUCCUCCUCUCUAAUGGUUAUUAAUCUUUCUAAAUGCAACAUGACUGAUGUUGGGUUAGAAACUCUAGCAAAUGGUUGCUCAGCUUUGAAGCAAAUAAGUCUCUCGUACUGUCCUCUUGUUUCUGACUCUGGACUGAGAGCUCUUUCUCAAGCAUGCCAUCAUCUUCAGACAGUUAAGAUAUCUUGUUGCAGAAAAAUAAAUGGCAUUGGCCUUACAGGGUGUUCACCAACUUUAGCUUAUUUAGAUGCAGAUUUUUGUAACCUUAAACCAAAUGGGAUAGUGGGAAUUGUUAGCGGAGGAGGGCUUGAGUAUCUAAAUGUGUCUCAUAUAAGCCAUUGCAUUCCUGAAGAUGGUUUAGCAGUAAUUGGUUCAGGUUUUGCCACAAGGCUUAGAAUCCUCUACCUUUGGAAUUGCAAAACUGUUGGUGACAAGUCCAUCAUGGCAAUAGCUAAGGGUUGCCCGUUGCUUCAAGAAUGGAAUUUGGGAUCGUGUGAUGCAGUCAAGAUUUCAGGAUGGAAGUCUAUAGGGUCCAACUGCAAUAAAUUGGAGAAACUUCAUGUGGAUCGCUGCCAGAAUUUGUGUGAUGAUGGGCUGCAGGCUCUCAGAGAAGGGUGCAAAAGGCUCUCAGUUUUAUAUAUCAGCAAGCAUUGUCGUCAAUUUUCUUCCACUGCACUAGAGGAGUUCAAAUUGUAUAGAAAUAAUGUUGACAUCAGGGAACAAAAACUAACCAUUCAGAUGUGAAACCAUGAUGAGCGUCCCUUAUUUGAUAAGAAAAUUGCCGUUAGAAACUUGAAUUUUCUUUUAA